UACUUGAAGAUGAUGAGGGUGAGAGAGUAGAAAUAUCAUUUUCGAAAAAAAAAAUUGAUGGUAUUUUCGUGAAUUAUUUGAACUUGUGGGGUGAAUAGGGCAAAAUCAUUUUCCAAAAAAAAAGAAGGUUAAUUUAGUGUUUUACUUUAAGUUGUAGGUCAAUUCUGCAAAAAGCCAUUUUUCAUAACCAUUUAAGGAUUCCCUCUGUUUCUAGACGCAAAGACAAAUUGCAAUGGAUUUUGGAUGUAAUCUUGACAGCAGUAUCUCAAUGAUAAAAUUGAGGUAAAUCGUCAUUAUGAACGAUUGUGUGUUGUGUAUCAAAUUUUUUGGUGAUUCUACAAAUUGUUCACGGAUGAUUUUUUGCAUUGCUGCUUUUUAAAUAUUGUAGUUACUAGUUGAUGUCCCGCAUCUUGUGCGGAUUAAUAUAUCUAUACAUCUAACAAUUUUUAGUUUUAAAAUUUAUUUUUAUAAAUAAUAAUAACUAAAUUAGAUACAACUUUAAAUUAUUAUAAAUUAUAAACCUUCAAUAUUCAUAUUGGUAAUUAAUGUAUUAAUUAUGUUAUUUUGUUUCAUAUUUUUAUUUAUGUGAUUUAGAUUUUGGAUCAAAAUCUUUUUUCUAGUAAUAACUAAAUUAGAAAAUUUUGUGUUUGAAACUAAAACAUAUUGUAUUUGGACUGAGACUGAAAAAAAAAUCAUGUGGUGCUAAAAGGAUUAUAAUAAUCACAAAUAUAAAAUAUUAACAAAAUAACAAUAGUUUAAGAGGGUUCAAUCUGGUAAAAUCGAAUCUUUCAAAAUUGAACCAAACCGAAAUAAAGAAAAUAGUCUGGAUUUGGAAGUACCGAGGAUGUUAUUUUAAAAAAAACAAUGUUAUAUGAAUAUGGUUCAGUAUAUUAAGGGAUCAAACCGAAUAAACAAAAGAAGCCGAUUAAUUUUGAUAUAUUAGUAUACUUAUAUAUAAAUUUUAUAAUAAUCUGUAUUUGAUCAAUAUUUUUGGUAAAAAUCAGAUAAAUUGGCUAUAAUAUUAGUCACUGAAAUUAUAAAAUGAGAGAAAAGUAAUGAUGAUAUUAUCGGUAAAUAUUGUUAAUAUAUAUUUAUUAAUUCCUAAAUAUCAUGAUAAUUAUAUAUUAAAUAUAUAUUUUAAAAAUAUUAGUCUAUAUAUAUCUGUAAAAUAGGUUAAUGUUUAUUAAUUAUUUUAAAUAUCAUGAUAAAUAUAUAUAUAUCAAAAUAAAUAAAUUAUACUUGCAAUGCAUAUAUUAGAUUGUACUCUGUUAUACACUGUAUUCCAGUCAGUUGAAAUAUCAAAUUGUCCAUGAGAAUAAAAUUAUUUUUUUUCCUUAAAUAGACUUGCAAGCAUUUUCCUGAUUUCCUCUAGUCAAAUCUUAAAACAAAAUUAUUUAGCAACUAAAUUAAAGCCGUUGACGGAAUUAAUACUUUUGAACACUUUCAAUCAUUCCCUCUAGUAAAUAUCAGAAAAAGUAACAACUUAACUAUAGUUUUUGAAUACUUUUGAGUAUAUUGCAACUCUAUUAUGGUAUUCAAUAUGUUUAUAUGUGUAUCUAAAAUCCUGUUGUGAAUGCAAACAAAGUCUCCUAUUAGAAGUUAAGACAAAUAAUGUUUAGUAUAUAAAACGAUGUCCACCAACUCUGAUUAAUACGAGAAUUUUGGGAAAGAGCCCAAUAACAAAGCCAUGCGGUCUUACCUCUUAAGUCCAAAGUGGACAAUAUCGUACUAAUCGGCCUAGGCAUGAUUGGAUAUGGGCUCGAGAAAACCCAACAGAUCUGAAUUUUGCAACAUGAUAAUUUGUUAGAUUUGUUUCCUUUGGUUAGGAUUAGGUAUGAUCAUUUAUAUGUGGUUCUGAUUCUUUAAAGAUAUGUAAAAAACGGCGAUGAAACAAUUAUUUUGAUUCCGUGGCGACGGAUUUUGCUUCUGCAACAAAUUCUUGAUUUUGCGUUGGUUGCCUUAGCAACAAGAAACAAACAAAAAAAUGGUCGAGACGCGAGCUCAGCUGACAUCACUGACAUGGGAUGACGUAGAAUCUAAACAAGAUGUCUUUCGUGACAUCUUAUCUCGACUCUCAGUAAGGUCUAUCCGUUCAGUGAAAACGGUUAACAGAUACUGGCGUGACUCAGUUAGGGACAAACAUUUUGCUACGAUACAUCUCGCUCAAUCGAGAAAGAAGCCCUCAUACAUAGCUUGUCCUAGAGUAAACAACGCUAUGGAGCUGUAUUUGUUGAAGCCAGGGGAGUUCCACUUUGGACACCACGCUACAGUAGAUCCUCCGGGAAAAAGCGCUGAGCACCACAUGCACAUGAUAGCAUCGUUCAAUGGAUUAGUAUGCUGCAUCAACCAACUCUCUGAUGAAAAUGAAGAAGAUUACCAGAUAUGGAUCUGCAAUCCUUCUACUGAACAGACUCUGCUUCUUCCUCAGGGCAGACCAUCGUUUUGGACUGAACCAAGCAUCGGAGUUGCAUAUGGUCCUGACAUGAGUGAGUACAAAAUUUUCCGCAUAGUCUCUGAUGGUGAGAAUGGACAAGGUUUGCACAUAGAGUGUGAGGUGUAUUCUUCUAGCACUGGUGCGUGGAGGAUCAUUGGCGCUGUGCCUCAUCUUCCAAUGUAUGUUUUUCUUAGCCCACACAGAUCCAGUCAUGUCUUUGUAGGAGGAAAAAUCUACUGGCUUGUUUCUUUGGAAGAUCCUGGUAUAAUCCUCUACGUGGAUAUGGAAGAGAGAUUCGGAGUUAUGGAGCUGCCUUACUAUUCACCAGACCUGCGUGACGUAGACAGGAUAACAGAUUGCACAUAUCUGAUAAACCUGGGAGGAUCUCUGUCACUUGUAGUUCUACAUGUGGAUUACUUUGACAUAUGGGAGUGGAAAGAAGCUAGUUGGGUACUUGUAAUCGAAGAUUAUUUGCCAUUCAUGAACUUUUCUGAAAUUGCAUUAUUCCUGACGUCAUCAGAGAAGGAGAUCCUGUGUGUGACAGAGUGGCAAUUGUGGACUUAUCAUGUGAAUACUAGAAAGUGGGAAGAAAGGGGCGGGCUUCCUACUCAAUUUACGAAUCCUGCUAUGUUCCCCUUCACCGAAAGCCUUCUUCCAUGCAAUGGUGGGGUGAGGCUAGAAGGAAGGUGAAGAUGAGUAUUUACCAUUUCUGGCUUGCUGGUGGUGAUGGACAAAGUCUUUGCGUGGUGGUGCUUGAUUUAUCUUGCAGAGGCUGUGUUUCUCACUGGAUAUUCUGUUUUUAAUUUUCCGUUCUAAAACUUCUCAUUUCGUUUAAGAUUUCUGGUUUGCAUCAUGUCCUAAACUUUUGGUUUUGAACUUUGUGUUUUAUCGUUUGUUUCGGUUUGUAAACCUUUAUCAACAGUAAUAAGCUGUGUUUCCGAAUCAAGGUUUUCAUUUAUAUAAAUACAGGACAACCGCCGGCUUAAACAGGAAAACUUUUGCGACCGUCCCAAGUCCAAUCUUCUGUUCUUCUAUUUUUAAUAGGUAGACAAUUUUUUUAAAUAAAUACUUAUACUUAUAAGAAUAUAAGAAAGAGUGUCUCUCUACAAACACAUCCAGUAACUAUCUGGAACAAAGGAGCUUAUCAUGCCGGUUCCUGCUUUCAUUGUAAUCAAUUGAGGCACUUAGAAUCGUUUGGCUAUGCAAGAGUUUAUUAGAGCAUGCGCAACGAUGUAUUUUAGUGAGUCCUUAGCGCUAGAUUAUAGGGUAAUUACAUUAAAAAUAAAUGAAAAAAGGCAAAUAAGCGAAGGAUCAGUCCGUGUAGAAGGAACUUAAGGACUUAAUCCUUAGAGCAGCUGGCACGCUUUGAUUGGGUCGGGUUGUGUUUGUGUUUCGUUUAGACGAAAAAAAAAUCAUUCGACAGAAACUUUGAAAAAAAAACCUCUCGAGGAAACAAAAGGCGAUUUUCGAUCCAUCUCCUUCCAUCUUCUUUCCUCGAGUUCCAAGGUAAAUCGAGAGAAAUCUGUAGAUUUAUGGUAUUAGAUUAGGUUCCCUGUAGUUUUCCUGUCAAUUUAAGGUUCGUUUUGAUUUUUUUAAAUUGAAUUGGGGAUUUUCGUUUCAAGUUAGGGUUUCAAAUGAUUUGGGUUUUGAAUCGAUUUGUAGAAGUUUUGGUUAGUAGUUACGGUUUCAAUACUGAAAUAGGUUUGAUUAACAAUUUGCUUUUCUGCUUUUAAUCAAUGAUCCAUCUGCUUCUGUCUGCUUUCAAACGAUUAGUGAAUCGAUGAAGGGAUCUUCCCUGAUACGCGAUCCCUUCGUCUGCUUUUCUGCUUUUACUCAAGGUUUUCUUUUCUUGUGAAACUUAAAACACGAUCCUUCGGAUUUCUUUUCAGGGGAUCUUCCGUGUGUUUGCUUUUCUGCUUUAGUUAAUCUUCCGUGUGUUUACACGAUCCUCCUCAUCUAUGCUUUGAUAAAUUUCUGUUUGGUUAGUCCUCUGAUGAGGAAUGCUCUGUGAUAGUUGUUGUUUCACUUCUGUUGUUGUAUUUUGUGCUUAAAUAUUUUAAAAUUUCAGGUUAAACAAACAUGGGACAAGACUAUAGCUACACCCAGCCUUCCUCAUCAGAAGAGUAUGACUUGACCUCACUUCUUGAAGCUGAAGCUGCUUUGUACGCCGAAGAAGCUGAGAGUAGCUACAACAUUGGUGAGCCUGUUCAGUGCCCACCUCAGCCGUUUCAGUACUUAUGCGGGGGACAUACAAAUGCGGAGGAGAUGCGUGCCUUUGAGACACAACUUAGUCUUCUUAAGGAUCAAGUUUGUGAGAGUGACCAGAAGCUGGCUAAGCUCGAGAAGACCCUGUGUGAUGAGUUAUGCAAGAAGACAUCAUGGGUUACAAUUCUUGGAGUUUGUCUUCUGCUGAGCCUUUUACUUUUAAUAGCGGUGAUAAUUCUUGGAGGUUAGUUUCAAUCCUUGUGUUUUUUGAAUGUUUAUCUGCGGAUUUUAAAAAAAAAAUUUGAUGUUUUUCAGGAACAGCUUCGAAGGAUAGUAGAAGAGUACUAUCUGACGUGGAGACUGUCUUUAAGGUUAGAAACAUUUAAACUGAAGCUCUUAAUAUGUUUUUUGCUUAGAGUAUUAGAUGUUAUUCUCUGUGGAAAAAAUAAAACAUUUAGACUGAAACUCUUUAUCUUAAAUGCUUACCUUCCUUACUCAGAUUUGAUAGGAUAUUAAACGUUAUCACACUGGUACUUGUUUACUUUCUGUGUUACUAGUAGAGAACUUAUUAGAUUUGAUUGGUGAUAAAUGCUAGUUUAGAGCUUUCUAUCUGCCUAACUACUUAGUUUUGAUUGGUGAUAAAUGCUAGUUUAGAGCUUUCUUUCUUCUAGCUGGCUUAUUUAAGGGCUGUGUUGCUAAUAGAGUAACACAGACAAUUAGAUAAAAUGAAUAACAGCAGUGGUUUCCGUAACCUACUGUAUAGUCAAUGUCCCAUUGACCUUGAUUCACCCGAACGAGUUUGGUUCGGUAGCCAACCACCUGAGCCUGUUGGGUCCGGUGCCAAGCUCCUGUUGGCGAGUCUGGUGAGGCAGUUGUCGAGUCUGCUAUCAAAGAGAGGAGGAAAUGGUCCCCGCAAGAGGAUUUAAUACUGAUUGGUGCUUGGCUCAACACCAGUAAAGAUGCAGUAAAAAAUACUGAGCAGAAAGCUGGUGCAUUCUGGAAGAGGAUCAUCGACUACUACAAUGCAAGCCCUCUUCUGGUUGGGACAAUUCCGAGAGAGCUUACUCCAGCCAAGCAGCGGUGGGCUAGGAUUAACGCAAAUGUCUCCAAGUUCGUUGGUUGCUAUGACCAGGCUAUGAGGGAGCAGAAAAGCGGUGAAAACGAUGAUGAUCUGAUGAAAGCCGCACUAGACUACUACUUCAAGGAUCAAGGCCACAAGUUCGGCAUGGAACACGCCUGGAGGGAGCUGAGGCGUGACCAGAAAUGGUGCUCAUCAUGUAAAGACAGUGGGAAGGAUAAGCGCAAACAUGUUUUGGAGGUUGAUAUAGACGAGGAAGAGGGCAGACCGGUCGGGGUCAAGGCAGCGAAAGCUGCUUCUAAGAAGAAGAAGAGUGGGAAAGAAGAGGAGUUGUCGCGUUUACAAACCAUCAUGGAGAUUAAACAGAAACUCUCUAACCAGAAACUUCUCGAUCGUUUAUUAGCCAAAAAAGUGCCAUUAACUGAGAUGGAAACAUCACUUAAGCUCAAGCUAAUGUCUGAAAUGUUAUGAUGUUAUUCUCUUUAAGGUAGAUACUUGUCUGUGUGUUGCUUUGCGUAAAUACUUGUCAUUGUGUUGCUAAGUCACAUGUCUUUGUGAUGAUUUGUUAAGUCACAUGUCUUUUUGUUGAUUUGCUAAGUCACUCACGGGUCUUUUAUGUUUCAGGUUCAGCAGUAAAAGUGAAGCAAGUCACGGGUGCCUUUGAAGUGGUGAAAGUCUUUUCUUCUGUAGCUCAUGUGAAGCAAGUCACGGGGUCCUUUUUGUGCUAUAAGUUUGUGUCUCGAUUUCUAUCUUGCCAUCACUUCUUCCUUCCUUUUUUUUCCCGAUUCUACUCUGGUCGCGAAGAAGUUGUUUUAGAUUGUUGGUACUAAAAGUUGUUGUAACAUUUGGCUACUACUCCAAGUUGUAAGAUAUUGUGUAUUUUUAAUCAGGUAACUUAAUCCCUUUUGUUGAUUAUUUGUUUGUUUGUUGAUGAAGUAAUCGAAUUAGGGACAAACUUAUAUAGAGGUGUUAUUCAACGUAGUGGUGGUUACUACGUGAGGGCCAUGAUCCUUUUUCCAUUUUAUACUAGAGACUUUUGUCCGUGCUGAUUGGGAUUUGUUUCAAUUUCAUUGAAUUUUUGCAAUAGAUCUUUGAAUACGAACUAGAGAAAGCAAGUUUAUUUUCAACUAUGUUUAUGUUUAUGUAGAACCAAAAUUCAAUUAUGGCCCUCACGUAGUGAAGUUUUAGAAUAUCUAGAACAUAUCAUUCAACUAUGUUUAUGUAGAACCAAUUUUUUUUUUCUAGAUAAUUUUAGAUAAUUCAAUAAAAAUGUGAGAUUAACUUAUAGAUAAUUUAUUUAUUUUCUAGAUAUGUCAUCAUCUUCAUCCGAUGAAGUCGAUGAAAGAUUGGACGAAAUUUGUGAAGAAUACGUAGAAGAAAUAUACAACGACAUAGUGGAGGCCCAAACCAUACCGCAAAGGACACAUGCGUAUAUAGAACGACACCACGAAGGAGGACAAGACCAAUUAUGGAAUGAUUACUUCAGUGAAGAUUCGACAUUCUUGACUCAAUUAUUCAGACGCCGUUUCCGCAUGAAUAAGGAAUUAUUCUUGCGUCUUGUUCAUGGCCUAGAAGCGUCCUUUCCAUUCUUUCAGCAAAGAAGAGAUGCAAUCGGGAGGUGGAGUCUUACUGCACUACAAAAAUGUACUGCAGCUAUUCGUCUGCUCGCUUAUGGUACCGCGGCUGACACCGUUGACGAAUAUCUCCGACUUGGUGAGACCACUGCACUUUCGUGUUUACAUAAUUUUACUGACGGAAUAAUACAGUUAUUCGGAGAAGAGUAUCUACGACGACCCACACCGGAGGAUCUUCAACGACUACUCGAUAUUGGAGAUAAACGAGGGUUUCCUGGGAUGGUCGGGAGCAUUGACUGUAUGCAUUGGGAGUGGAAAAAUUGCCCAACCGCUUGGAAAGGACAAUACGCAUGUGGAUCAGGAAAACCGACAAUUGUAUUAGAGGUUGUAGCUUCCCAAGAUCUUUGGAUAUGUCACGCCUUUUUUGGUCCUCCAGGUACCUUAAACGAUAUUAAUGUCCUCGAUCGGUCUCCUGUUUUUGAUGACAUUUUACAAGGUCAAGCUCUGAGGGUAAAGUAUGUGGUCAACGGACACACGUAUAAGUUGGCCUACUACCUCACAGACGGUAUAUAUCCAAAAUGAUCAACAUUUAUCCAAUCUAUCACACUCCCUCAGACUCCUCAACAAGAGUUAUUUGCUAAAAUUCAAGAAGCAACCCGAAAAGAUGUGGAGCGGGCUUUUGGAGUAUUGCAAUCUCGAUUUGCAAUUGUGAGAAAUCCGGUCAAAACAUUGAACAAAGAAAAGAUAGGGAAGAUUAUGCGAGCAUGUAUCAUACUCCACAAUAUGAUAGUCGAAGAUGAACAGGAUAGAUACUCUCGUAUUUGAUAUAUCUGAAUUUGAAGAAGGAGACGUCCCCAGAUGUUCAGAGGUGGAAUCUGAGUGGCCAACAAAUAUGAAUAAUAUCUUUCCCACUCGAAAUGAUCUUCGUGAUAGGCAAACGGAUGAACGAUUGAAAAAUGAUUUAAUUCAAAAUAUUUGGAAUAAAUUUGGUGAAGAAGAUUAGAAAUUAUUCUAUCUUUAUGUAAAAUUAUUAUUAUUUUUUUAAUUGUUGUAUUUUUAUGUUUAAUUAAUGUAUUUUAUGUUUAAUUAUGGAAUUUUAUGUUUA